AUGUUGUCUGUCCGGACCGCGGCGCGGCGAUUAGCUUCGACCUCUGCUCGUCGCUGGCAGCACCAUGCAACACCAUCGACACUAAACGCGCCGACGGCCGAAGACGUCGCCCAUUUCCGCACUCUACUUCCCGAAAGCGCCGUCCUUUCCACGCUUUCGCCCGCGAGCGCUUCUUCGGACGAUCUCGAGCCCUUCAACGUCGAUUGGAUCGGGCGAUACAAGGGACAGGCCCGUACGGUCCUCCGCCCACAAACGACGGAGCAGGUCAGCGCUGUGCUCAAGUACUGCAAUGAGCGUCGUAUCGGCGUAGUUCCGCAGGGUGGAAACACGGGCUUGGUCGGUGGGAGUGUACCGUUGAAGGACGAGCUGGUCAUCAGCCUGGGCAACAUGAACAAAGUGCGCUCGUUUGACGAGGUCUCGGGCGCACUCGUCGCGGAUGCUGGAUGUGUGCUCGAAGCACUUUCCGAGCAUAUUGCCCCGCAUGGGCAUAUCAUGCCGUUGGACCUCGGCGCAAAGGGUAGCUGCAUGAUCGGCGGCAAUGUCGCGACAAAUGCUGGUGGUCUACGCCUAUUACGCUACGGUUCUUUGCACGGGAGCGUCCUCGGCCUCGAAGUUGUCUUGCCAGACGGCACCAUCCUUGAUGGCCUCUCAACACUCCGCAAGGAUAACACCGGCUACGACUUAAAGCAGCUCUUCAUCGGUGCGGAGGGUACUCUCGGCAUCAUCACCGGCGUAUCAAUCGCCACACCCGUCGCCCCUCAAGCCACCAACAACGUCCUGCUCGCGCUCCCCAGUUUCGACAACGUACUGCCAUUACUCAAGACAGCACGCACGCAGCUUAGCGAGGUCUUAUCGGCAUUCGAGUUCUUCGACCGUACGGCGUACGAUCUGAGCGUCAAGCACGGGCAGGGCAAGGCUCUGAGCGAGGAGGAGGCCGAGGGCGCGGAGUGCUUCGUCUUGCUUGAGACGAGCGGUGGAAACAGCGCCCACGACGAGGAGAAGCUCAACGGCUUGCUAGAGUCGCUCAUGGAGAGCGAUAACCCAUUAAUCACCACCGGUGUCAUCUCCCAGAGCCCUUCCCAAUUCGCAUCACUAUGGCGUCUACGCGAGGGUAUCACCGAGGCGGUCAGCAAGGAGGGCAAGGCGUACAAGUACGACAUCUCUAUCCCGGCACGCGCCUUCAAGGAGGUCGUCGACACAACGCGGGCGCAUGUUGAGAAGCAUGGGCUGUUGAGGGAUGAUGCUGUCAAGCAUGUACUCGGGUACGGGCACGUCGGUGAUGGGAAUCUACAUCUGAACAUCUGUGCGGCGGCGUAUACGCCAGAAAUUGAGGCAGUUCUUGAGCCAUUUGUGUACGAGUUGACCGCGGGCUACAAUGGCUCCAUCUCGGCCGAGCAUGGUCUCGGCGCGAUGAAGGCGCACGCAAUCCAUUACUCGAAGAGCGGAGUGCAGGUUGAUCUCAUGAAGAAAAUCAAAGCGCUUCUCGACCCGAACGGUAUUAUGAACCCGGGCAAAGUGCUCGAGUAG